AUGGCGCCCAAAAUUCCAACUGUACUCUUCAAAAAUGGAACUCCCAUACCAGUUGUUGGUCUAGGCACAUGGAAUUCACCUCCGGGGCAGGUCACUCAAGCGGUAAAAGAUGCAAUCGAUGUCGGCUAUCGCCAUAUCGACUGUGCUCACGUGUAUGAGAACGAGCAUGAAGUAGGCGCUGGUAUUGGUGCCAAAAUCUCCCAAGGAAACGUCAAACGUGAGGAUCUGUUCGUCACGAGCAAACUGUGGAACACAUAUCACCGACCGGACCUGGUGCAAGGUGCCCUGCAGGUUACGCUGCGCAAUCUUAACCUCAAAUAUCUCGAUCUGUACCUGAUCCACUGGCCGGUAGCAUACCGCGAAGGUGACGUACUAUUCCCGCUACGCCCGGAUGGCAAACGUGUCCACUUUUCCGACGUGGACUACGUCGACGCUUGGCCCGCAAUGGAGCGUCUGGUCGAGGCGGGUCUCGUGCGCAAUAUUGGACUGUCGAAUUUUAACGUCCAACAAGUACAGCGCAUCUUGAACGUGGCACGAAUCGCUCCAGUUACCAACCAAAUCGAGUGCCAUCCUUAUCUGCACCAGACCAGUUUGGGUGAGUUCUGCCGUGCGCAAGGCAUCACCAUAACGGCCUACAGUCCACUCGGAUCGCCGGCACGGCCCUGGGUUAAACAGGACGACCCCAUCCUGAUGGAGGACCGUGUCGUACAAAAGCUCGCCCAGAAACACGCCAAAUCUCCGGCACAGGUGCUGAUACGCUACCAGAUACAGCUGGGCAAUGUGGUUAUACCGAAGUCCGUCAGCAAACAGCGCAUUGCUUCCAAUGCCGAUGUUUUCGGCUUUGAGCUGGACGACGAAGAUAUACAACAGCUUGCAGCACUCGAACGGAAUGGCCGCAUCUGUCCGGAGUCGUUCAGCUUCGGCCAUCCGCAUCAUCCGUUCGAGGAAGAGUUUCGCAAAGGUCGCCGUUAA